AUGCCAUGCUGCUGGACUGUUCGACGCGUAGGUAACAUCCGUGUGUUGGGCCGCGGGACACUCUGCCUCGGGCCUGAUUAUGCCUUUAUGGUGGCAACUGCUAGUUUUAUUCUUAUUGGAGCUGUCUUGUUUCUGGUAUUCACGGACGGUCUCGUCGCACGUAUUCUGUGCGCCUUCGUUGCAGCUGUGACGCUGUCGCUGAUGUGGCGCUGCUCCACGAUGGACCCUGGCAUUUGCCCAAAGGCCGACGCGCCACCCGAGGGCGCGCCACUGCAUGAACCCCUACUGGAGCUCGUCACGUACAUUGACGGGAGUGGCCAGGAGCGUAAGACGCGAGUUGAGCGGAAGUGGUGCUACGGCUGCAAUAACUACAGGCCGCUGCGUGCUGUCCAUUGCCGAUUCUGUGACGCCUGUAUUACACGACGUGACCACCACUGCCCGUGGGUGGGAACAUGUGUCGGGGAGCGCAAUUACCGCUUCUAUUGGGGCUUUCUCUGGGCGGUGCUUUGUCUCACACUCACUGUGAUGAUUGGUGGUGUUGCGAGUCUGGUGAAGAGGUCGAAGGCGCUCUCCGAGGAGGCAAGGGACUCGGGCAGAAGCAGUUUUUUGGCGGCGCUCGCGGAGACGCAUUUCGUGGAGCCACUGCUGGUGCUCGUGGCGUUCCUGGCGUGCUGCCUCGUGGCGCCUCUCACGGCAUACCACACAUUGCUUGUUGCGCGCAAUAUGACAACAGUGGAGGAAAUGCGUGGGAACGGCGGCUGGAUGCAUUACUUCAAUAGAGGUGGGUGCUGGGAAAAUACCAGGGAAUCGUUGUUCUCACCGGUCCCACCGUCUAUGUUUGCGACUGAGGUCGGCCUCUGCGAGCCGCCUGCUGAAGUUGUGGUAGAGGCGGAAGAGUUGUCUUGA